UCCUUUCAUUCCUUUCCUGUAUCGAAGAGAAAAAAACCCUAUUCUCUUCUUUAUCUACUGAGAGCUCGUUGUCUCCUCUAAUGGUAGCACGAAAAGUCUGAUUCUUUUUAUCAUCUUUGCUAUGUCAGCACGGAGUUGGUUCCGUACGUUUCCUAUUACUUUCCUUUGGAGCUCCUGAACUUUAUGAAAAAUGGCGAACAACUCCAAGGAAGAGCCCAAAACCGCUCCUCAGUCCGAUCGCUGGUACAAUCUAACCCUAGGUCCUUCCUUCAAGGACGAUUCCUCUAAUAAGUACUGCACCCUCCGAUAUGAAUUUAAACCGGCUUCGAUUGAUAAGACAAAAGCUGGAUCAUUGCGCAAGACCAAGGAAAAUAGGGUCAAUGUGGAAUUUCAUAAUAAUCAAUUGGGAAAACCCAAAGUGACAUUUGAAGGAAGCAGCGAGGACUACAAGGAGAACGACGCCGUUUUGUUUUUUGACGGAGAGACCUUUAGACUGGAGCGGCUUCACAGGGCUGUUAAGCAGCUUAGGCACCUUCGUCAGCCUGGUGAAUCUGCAGCUGCAGCAGCCGCUGCUUCUGUGGCUACCACAGCGGCUGCUCCGCCGGUGCCUGCGGUGGAGCCUCGGUUGUCUCCGGUAGGAAAGACUUCAAAGCCAAUGCAAACCGUUAGGAACACAGUCCCUGCGGUGCCGGUUGAGGUGGAACGGAUUGAUAUUGGUGGGCCAGAGAAUCCAGCAGGUGCAAAAUCUGCUGGUAAGGGGAUUGCUGAGUAUCCAUCUGAUCCACCAAAUGUUCCUGCUGCCUCACCGGAACCUAAAAAUGACGAAGUUGAGGAACAUCAAGAUAUAGACAUUGAUGAAAUUUUUGGCACUGCAUCACCUGAAGAUGGGAAUGCUGUCGAGGAUAAUGCAAAUGCCGGGUUUGAUAUCAAUGUACCGCAUCAAAAUGACACUGAUGAUGAGAUUGCUGAUGUAGAUGAUAGUGGUGAUGAAGUUGACAAGGGACCAAAUGCGGCAGAAGCUCUUCGAGCCCAGGUUAAUGCAGAGGAGAGGGGUGAGCAGACUUCCACUUCCAGUAGUAGCAGUGGAAGUGGUAGUAGCGGUAGUGGAAGUGGUAGUGGGAGCAGCAGUAGCAGCGACAGUGAAGGCAGCGAUGAAGAUUCAGUUAAUUCCAUCUGAGAUAUUAAAAAAGCCUUUGAGCAUAUUCAUAUCUUUAUUUUAAUCAUGUGAUCUCAUAUGGCGUCACUAUCACUGAAGUUUGUUUAAGCUUCCCAUUUCUGUGAUCACUAACUCAGUUGGAAAGUACAACAGUAAGUGUGAACAUUCAAUCAUUUUUUUUCUAAACCUUAUAAGAGCUUGUAUUUGUAAGUUCUACCAUCUUAACGUCUAUAAAGGAAGCUUUCCCAUUCCAUGA